AUGAUACAAUCAAAAGACCAAAUCGUCAAUCCUACUCAGAACGAUAAAGUAGAGAGUCAAGAAACUAAGAACGCAGAGAAAGAAGUCCACAAAACUAUUGAAGAGCACAAAGACCAAGUGAGCAAGAAUGUUGAAAGCUGUAAACAACAAGACGAGAAACCUGCGUACUCGUAUAAYGCAUUGAUCAUGAUGGCGAUCCGAGGAUCAGAGGAAAAGCGUUUAACAUUGAGUGGUAUAUAUGAGUACAUUAUGAAGAAYUUUCCUUACUACAGAGAGAAUAAACAAGGCUGGCAGAACUCCAUUAGACAUAAUCUAUCUUUAAACAAGUGUUUCGUCAAGGUUCCWCGCCAUUACGAUGACCCCGGCAAAGGCAACUAUUGGAUGUUAGAUGCUUGCGCAGAUGAUGUUGUCAUUGGUUGUACAACUGGAAAACUAAARAGRAAACAUCCUCCUUCGACAAGAAACCGUAUUAGUAUCAAGAGACAGAGAAUCAGCCCAAUGCCUCUAUCAAUGAAUGAGCCUUUGUUUGGUUUCUGGAGCCACACCACACCAAACACACCUUACACGAGGAUACCAUUCCCAUCAGUUUACGACACCACUUGUCUUCCUGGACAUUCAUUCCUACCAACACCACCAUCGCCACUCCGCUGUGAUUACAACCCGUACUUCAACCAUCCCGGGACAUCUUUUCAGUCUCAUUGCACGGCGGGUUAUGGUGCGCCAUUAGGGACGCAUACAAGACCUUUGCUGCCACAGUACUCGUGGCCCAUUACUACAAUGCCUGACAUAUUAUCCACCAGAAAUAACAUGGCCACAACCUCAGCCUUUUCUAUCGUACCAAGAAUGGGACUAAAUACUGGACAAGGAUUUUAAAAGAUGAAAACAGAUUACUUUAGAAUCCACAAAAGRUAUUUAAAAUUAGAGAAUCAUCGAGAUACAACCCGAAAACACUAUCAUCAAUGUUAMAACAAACACAAAAACACGAGACAAAGAAUCCUACAAACUCAUAGUUUGACGAUCAAAAACAUUUUUACUUCGAUUGUAUCGAGGAAAACGUUGGCGUUUCCGUUAUAAAUAGAUUGUAACAAAACUUAGGAAUUCGACUCCAUGAACACUUAACAAAAUUGUCAAACAAGUUAGAAUAGAAAAAGGAAAAUUUAUCAUAUAAACUGUAUUAGAAUAGAGUCUUUACCGAUAGUCAAUAGAAUAACAUGUGUACAUAAUAAAUUAAAUCAUUCAAAUCUUUGUUCUAAUUUAUUAAUCUUCAGAAGUAAUCGGGAAAGAACG